CCAUCCCCAAAGCCCGGCCUGGCCUCAUUUUAUGGCCGCCCAGAUUGCUGGGUCCCGCCGGGAUGGACGGGCGGCCAGCCUGCUAUGAAUGGGGCAAGGCGUGCGUGGCAAUGGAACAGAGAUCAGCAACAGGGCUGUUUAUGUGUCCCACGGCGGCUCCCGAUCCGCGCUUGUCCCGUUCCUGAACACCAGCCAUCACAAGACCUCUUAUGCAACUUUUGCUGCAGAUAAUACGGGACGUGUGUGUGUGUGUCUUAAGUCAGGCAGUUGCCGACAAACCCAUGCCUACUCUGUCACGCAACGCUCGUCGGUAACCUUGCGGACCAAUCCGCGGCAAUCCCUCGACCGACGGAUAGCCCUCGUGCAUCAGGUGGUCCUGUUUGACUUGCAUGUUCCGUUCCUGGACAUGUACAUGCAUCCGAACUCCCGCUCACACAUGGACACACACACACACACACACCUUUACUCACAACCCCAGCCUCAUGCAGCGUCACGCUCACUUGCACAUGCGCAUGGGACAACACGCGCCACAUGCGCGGAGACGCUGCACACCUGAAAUUCUCAUCUGCGGAUUUACAUACAGAUGGGACACUGGCACUUACAGCAGCUUGCCACCGGGGUCCGGCAUAUUAUGCGCUUGCCGUCGUCAGGAGACGCAAAGUUCUCUCUAGUGGCUGCCGGUCAUGGGAUCCUUGCAGAGCGGGCCGUCCUUUUUUUGGCGAACAAGUCACUGAUACUUUCAAAGCAGCUAUCGAUGGGCUCGGCCAGGGU